AUGGACGUGCUGGCGUCCGAGCUCCACCGCGUGGCGGCUCUUCGUUUCGGGGAGUUCGUGCUCAAGAGCGGCCUCGUCUCCCCGGUGUACGUCGACCUCCGCGUCGUCGUGUCUCACCCGGCUCUGCUCAACCAAGUAGCACAUCUUCUCUUUCAAACAACAAAGGAUGCUGGAGUCAAGUAUGACUGUGUGUGUGGGGUUCCAUACACAGCUUUACCAUUGGCUACGAUCAUCUGCUCAGCCAACCAGAUACCAAUGCUUAUUCGCAGGAAAGAAGCUAAAGAAUAUGGUACCAAGCGCAUUGUGGAAGGCAUCAUAAAUUCAGGAGAAACUUGUCUCAUCAUUGAGGAUGUGGUCACCACUGGCUCAAGUGUCUUGGAAACAGCAGAGGUUCUUCGUAAAGAGGGACUGAAGGUUACUGAUGCCAUUGUGCUGUUGGACAGAGAGCAGGGAGGAGGAGCCAUGCUGGAGAAAAAUGGGAUUCACUUACACUCAGUAUGUACCUUAACUAAGGUGCUGAAAAUCCUUGAGCAGCAGAAAAAAGUUGCUUCGGUGAUGGUGACGAAGGUAGAGAAAUUCAUUCAGGAAAACGUUAGCCAGCCUUCGGAGCAAAAUGGUACUACUAGUAUGAAAAGAAUGUGCAAAGAAAUGAGUUUUGGUGCUCGGGCUGAGUUGCCUGAGACGCAUCCCCUUGCAGCUCGGCUUCUCAGGCUCAUGGAGAAAAAGCAGUCUAACUUGUGUCUUUCUGCUGAUGUAACCAAGUCCUCAGAAUUGCUCCGGCUGGCUGCUGUUCUUGGCCCAUCCAUCUGUGUCUUGAAAACACACAUAGAUAUUCUGGAGGAUUUCACCCUAGAAGUAAUCAAAGAAUUAAGAGUCCUUGCAGACCUGCAUAAAUUCUUGAUAUUUGAAGACCGGAAGUUUGCAGACAUUGGAAAUACAGUGAAGCAUCAGUAUGAAGGCGGCAUCUUCAAAAUAGCGUCCUGGUCGGAUAUAGUUAACGCCCAUGUGGUUCCUGGCCCUGGAGUUGUUAAGGGACUGAAAGCAGUAGGGCGACCUUUACAACGAGGAUGUCUUCUGAUUGGGGAGAUGAGUUCCGAAGGGUCUCUGGCUACUGGUGAAUAUACAAAAGCUGCAGUUAAAAUGGCUGAAGAACACACUGAUUUCGUUUUGGGUUUUAUUUCUGGCUCCAGAAUUGUUGAAAAACCUGAAUUCCUUCACUUUACUCCUGGUGUUCAGAUGCAGGCUGGAGGUGAUAGCCUGGGGCAGAAGUACCUGAGCCCCCAAGAAGUGAUUGGUAAAAAAGGCUCUGAUAUCAUAAUUGUAGGACGAGGUAUCUUGUCUGCACCCAAUCAUCUGGAGGAAGCAGAGACUUACAGGAAAGCAGCGUGGGAGAGCUAUUUGCAGAGAAUUGGUGUUAGCACCCAAGUUUGACACCAGUCCUGGAUCCUAUUAAGUAUCUCAAUCAAAACAUUCCUGGAAG